GCAGUGUUAACCUAGGACACACAUAAGCCCCGUGUAUUGUCAGAAAGUCAGUGGCUCAUAGGAAUCUGGCGUAGUGAGGCAAACACAGCCCGAACUGUCUCCACGGGUUAGACGUAAUCGGCGAGCCAGUCGCUUCCCUGAAGCGCACCACACUUUUUCUGCUUACAUCACACUAGUCAUCACCUACUUCAGGCGGCGGCCCUCCGCGCAAGAACGCGCCCGCGUUAGCGAACAUCAGCACAGUCAUCCUCCACGACGCGGCGACGUCCACCUGGCGUCGCCCCACCCUUAAUCUCACACCUCGCAACUAGUGAUGUUAGCGCGACCCAUCUUAGCGGCGUCGCUGCUAGCGCUGCUGCUGCUCCCGCAGCAUGCGCUGGCAGCCCGAGGAGGAGGUCGCGACUUUUACAAAAUCCUGGGAGUCGAUCGGGGCGCGGAUGAGGCGACUAUUAAGAAAGCCUAUCGCAAGCAGGCUCUGAAGUGGCAUCCGGACCGCAACCCAGACAACAAGGAGAACGCGGAGGAGCGUUUUAGGGACGUUGCGGCCGCUUACGAGGCGUUGUCGGACCCGGAAAAGCGGCGAAUGUACGAUCAGUUCGGCGAGGAGGGGCUCAAGGGAGGCGGCGGCCCGGGAGGUCCAGGUGGACCCGGCGGCCCCGGCGGCUUCCACUCGCAUUUCGGGGGAGGUGAUCCGUUCGAGACGUUCAACAUCUUCUUUGGAAGUGGCGGCAUGGGAGGUGGGGGCAUGGGAGGUGGCCGGCAGCGUGCCUACCAGUUCAACAUGGG